CAAAUGCUAACACUGCGGGGUGGCGUGAAUCCCUGCUCCGUGGCUGCCAAGACUCGAUCGGGUGCUGGGAUUCAGGGACCUUCCUGCCCUACAAAACGAACGUCAACUCCGACGUAUGAAUUACUAAAUAUUCAGCAUGUUUUGAUUCACUGUUCAAUGGCCCGAAGAUUUCAUUGUAUCUCAACCUCACAAUAACAGUCUUGAGGCUUCUUGUGGUGGAAUCGAUUUGUUGGUCCCAACCUAUUUUUACGGUUAUGAUGCAGCAUCAAGCAACAUUUCAGACUUCCAGGGCUGCUUUCAGAAUGGCAAGCCACAACCACAUUAUUUGAGAUGGCAUCUUCUCUGGAGGAUACUCUGCAGAGAGCCUGUUACACCUUCCGUCGGAUUUUUACCACCUGGGGCUGUAUCGGUAUUUCGAAGGUACAUGGGGAAUCAAUCCCAAGUUGGCCCCCGAGGGGACAGACAUGGUAGAAUACGUCCUUCUCUCAAAGGAACACAUUCUACCGAUCAUCACUGGCCCUGAUCAGUUGGUGACGGUAAGGAAGCUAGUGUAUAUGAAACCAUCAGCAGGCAUAGCGACAUCAAGGCUUCCAAUAUAUUGUGGUUCUCAAGAGAAAGGGAUUCCCCGAGGCUUGAUUAUUCGGACUUGGUCCUAGGCGACCUCGGUCAAAGAGACGAGACUCUGCCAACACUAACAUCUAAUCUAGCCGAUAAAAUAUUUGACAUAGUAGCCUUCCAGGCUCCUAAAAAUGUAUUCCACCCACACCGCCGCCGUAUCGGACUUGUCAGGUAUAUGGAAUCCUGGUUGUGCGUAUCUCGAGUUUGAUACGUGGUACCUGAUGGGCUGGAACGCAGUCAGCAGCACCUCUGUGAAAGCACGCCAAGAACCUGAUUCGGAUGGAUUCAUAUCGGACUCUUUCUUUCGAGUCUCUCGAGGCCCAGGCACGGUGAAGCCGAGUUGGUUCAAUGGAUGCAAUCCUUAGGGAGUCAUCCGACCUGUAAUCGCUUAUGCAAGACUUCGUCAACAUGAUGGAGACACAUAUGCUCAACGUGGACCCAGAGCAUCAGACCAACGCCAGAUAUGUCUUGAAAAAACUGACGACUUUGCGCACCGCUGUAUUCAGAGCCACGGCUACUAUGGAUUCCCGCUAUCGUACAUCAGGAGGAACGCAGAACUUGGAGAAGGCGCUUCAAUAGGAAGAUCAUCGGUAUCCUCUCUGCCCCCUCCCCCCCUUCCACGACAGACAGAAAAAUCUCUACCUGCCGCACAUUGGUAUCGGUUCUGCGUUAGUGAGAAUCUUUAUCAUUGCCACGUCUGCGCUAUUCCCUCAUAUUCUUUGCUGAUUCAUGUGCUUCCUCUUCGAUAUCAUUUUCAGUAUCGGAAACCAUUGGCGGACUCAUCUCAUUUAUCGGUCGAAGAUUACAGUGUUUAGCUCACGGGGGAUAGCAAAGAAGAAAAUAGUCUCUCACGACCUUGGAUCGUGUCAGCUCUGUUGACAACGGCUUUCCGCAGAUGAGUUUGUUGGUGAUUCUAACCUCUCCACUCCACUUGCGAUCUGGAAAAUCGCUGAAGGAACUCGGCACUGUUCCGAAGAGAUGCAGUCAGCCCAAGAGGUGACAAAAUAACCGGGCUAGUCACAAUGGAAUGAGCACAACCUUGGAAUUGCUGUCGUUAUUCCAAUCUGUCCAGGACAAGACGAUCCACCAUCCAUGUUCUGAUGCCUUGACAGUCUAUGCAUACACAACUUUCGUGAAAUCAGCCAUGCCAGGAUGGGAAGAGGAUGUUGCAUUAGCCUCGACCUAUGACACCCAUACUCAUUCGACCAGAGCUGUUGUGUUUGGUUGCACACAUGGCCUGAUGAACCACAUUCAAGCCCGACUCAUAGUGCAAGCAUAAUACUUGUGGAACCAUCCACUUAUACAUCCCUGAUGAGCUCCUGCACCUGAGAACCG